CUCGUGCAAUGCCGCCCUUCAACUUCCACCACCAUUCGCACUCCCACACUGCUUCACAACCAGAAAAUGCGCAUCUCCCUCAGGGCACAGCUUCCGGUCUCCUGCAAGCUGCUCAGAACUUAGGCUCUUUUGGAGCCCCAUCUGGGAACCUGAACGCGCUUUCCUCGCCCAACGCUGAUCGAGUCACCACCGCGAGCACGUCGACCUCAAAUACCAACGCUGGAGGCCACCUGGGAGCUCCAUCUUCAUUUCCUUUGCAACAUUCCAAUUCCACGGCGACUGCGCCAUCUGCGGGCGGGCUCAUGAAUCAGUCACAGCUGUACGAGACGCCUAGACGUCGACAUCCAGAUGAACUUCAUUUGACCUCAAAUACAACGAAUAUGGCUUCUCAACGCGGCGCUUUGUCGCCCAGAGACUACACACCCGCCGGGCCCCGAAUCAGCCUCGAGCAAUCUACUCCUGAAACCUCACAAUACCAGAAUGCGGGGCAGCUCCCAGGCUCACUGCAACCUGGGCGACCAGGUCCUUUAUCUGCCAAUACCGCGCCAGUAGUACCGACAGUUCCUCUAGCUAUGGCCCAAGAACAAUAUUCUAGUCCAUCAAGAUCUUCGGCUCUGGGACUUAGUCACAAUUACACGCGAUCAAGCCCAGCUGCUGGCUUUGACUCUCAGGGCUAUGCUCCCUUCACUCCCACGACUCCCAGCGGCGAUCAAGGCCAUUUUGCUUCGCCAACAAACCAGAAGUAUACCCCCCAAAAUUCGCAGAGAACGGUUUCCAAUACCCCACUUGGUCUUGCAGAUAUACGACCCCGUGCAGAUUCUGGCUUAUCUGACGGUUUGCCUGGUGCCAACCCCUAUUCAUACGAUGGUGCGAAUGCGGUUCCCACUAAUAGUAACUACCUUGCGCCGUGGGCCAUAUACGCAUUUGACUGGUGUAAAUGGCCAGCUCAGAAUCAUGACGCAGGGAAAGUAGCAGUCGGAAGCUAUCUUGAAGAUGGGCAUAAUUUUAUCCAAAUUCUAGAUUCACAUAUCACUCCUACCCCACCCGAGUCCUAUGUCCCAGGAGCGCCGAAAUACGGACUUGAAUUUGUAAAGAUUGCCGAAGCUACACAUUCGUAUCCAGUAACGCGACUGUUAUGGGAGCCGCCGUCCUCUCAGAAGCAGUCUACCGAUCUGCUUGCUACAUCUGGGGACCAUCUCAGGCUAUGGUCUUUGCCAUCAGAAACACCAGUUGCAUCACCUGGCAACUCAAUAACACGAUCUGCAAACCAUGGGCGAGAUGCGCCUGCAAGUAAGCUUACGCCAUUGGCUUUACUGUCGAACUCAAAGACACCAGAGCAUACCGCCCCUCUCACCUCUCUCGACUGGAACACUGUCUCCCCUAGUCUGAUCAUAACUUCGAGUAUCGACACAACUUGUACCAUCUGGGACAUCCCAACAUUGACUGCCAAGACCCAGCUAAUUGCACAUGACAAGGAGGUGUUCGAUGUGCGAUUCUGUGCUAACAGCGUUGAUGUAUUCGUCAGUUGCGGUGCAGAUGGUAGUGUACGGAUGUUUGAUCUACGAAGCUUAGAACACAGCACUAUCAUCUAUGAGCCUACAGCCAAGGAUGAUAAAGAUGGCAGUCCGGGAGGCAGAAUAAGUCCUACACUGGCUCAACAGACUAUGUCAUAUGCGCCCCCGCUAUUACGAUUGGCUGCAUCGCCUCAUGAUACUCAUCUGUUGGCAACAUUCUCCCAAGACUCGAACGUAAUACGCAUACUUGAUGUGAGACAACCUGGUCAGGCACUCCUUGAGCUUCGAGGCCAUGCUGCAAAUGUCAAUUGCAUAGAGUGGUCGCCAUCACGAAGAGGGACGUUGGCAUCUGGUGCAGAUGACUCGCUGGUGCUUGUUUGGGAUCUGCUCAACCAAAACAGUGCAUUAAAUACCGGGCAAUCCAUGAACGGAGCACCAGUACCAGACAACACUCGUGGACCAACUGCUAGCUGGCAAUGUGACUACGAAGUAGGCAACCUGAGCUGGGCACCGCAUUCAGCGCUGAAUAAUGAUGGAGGAGAAUGGUUGGGAGUCAGUGGCGGCCGUGGGGUAUGUAUAAUUUCUCAAAUUACAUGACCUUGGCAGUCUGUAUAGGAAGCCUUACUGACAUUAUAAAUAGGUGUGGGCAGUCAAGCUUUGAUGAUAGUUCUUGAAGCGACAAUAGAUCGUGCUGAGCGAUUAGCAUUAUGAAGCC